AGGGCUAUUGUUUUCUUCAUCCCAUCUUGGAUCUCUUUUCUCACUUUCUAUCUAUGGAAAAUCACUCAAGAUCAUAUUUAAUAUUUGGAGUCUACAUGUGUGUCUCAGAGAGACAUGCUACGAAUAGCUGUAUCCUCAGUCCUUUGGUGACAUUUCAGUUCUGAGGAAUCUGUUGGGUCUACUUCCACUGGCUGACCUACUUGUCUGAAACCCUGCCCUGCUAGUUUGAGCUGCUCGGACGGAGAGUGGACACUUGUUUCGAAUCUGCCGUACCUCGGUUUACUCAACACACUCAGAACCGACAUAACAGCCAUGGAGCAGGAGCCUGCAGAGGAGACUGAGACUCAGGAAGUUGCUCCAGAUGCCGAGCUGGCAGCAGCUAUUACGAAGAGACAUUUUCGGCCAUCUCUGAUCAAAUGUGAAGCGUGGGAGGGUUAUAAAUUCGCCAAUCUGGAGAUUAAAAUCAAGGAGUCAACCGAUUGCUACGGCGCUGUACUGUGGCCCUCAGCCAUGGUAUUGUGUCAUUUUCUUGACACCCAUCAGAAAACAUAUAACCUUGUAGACAAGAACAUCAUUGAGAUUGGCGCUGGAACGGGAUUGGUUACAAUAGUGUGUAGCCUUCUGGGUGCAAAAGUGACAUCCACUGACCUCCCAGAUGUUCUUGGGAACCUGCAGUACAACAUUAGACGUAACACCAGGGGGCGCUGUCGCUACGAGCCCCAUGUGACUGAGCUCACCUGGGGACAGCAGUUAGAAGAGCGUUUCCCACGUGCAUCGUGUCGCUAUGACUACCUCAUGGCAGCGGAUGUUGUGUAUUCCCACCCGUACCUUAACGAACUGAUGGAGACCUUUGACCAUCUGUGCUCAGAGGACACUGUUAUACUCUGGGCAAUGAGGUUUCGCCUGGCUCCUGAGAAUGGCUUUGUGGACCGAUUUAGAGCCCGCUUUCAUUUGGAAGAGCUUUACGACUUACCUAGCUUGCACAUUAAGCUGUACAGAGCGAUGAAGAAACGUUCAAGCUCGAAAAGUCAUUCCGGGACUGCAGCAUAGAAUUUGGGUAUUUGGGCAUCUGUCCAAGGAAUGAUUGCCAUCACAUUAUGACCACCUGCCUAAGAUUGAGUAGGUCCCACUUUUGCUACAAUAACAACACGGGCCAGGCUUAGCUUCCUAUGUGCCUCAGUGAGCCUUGGCCACCCAUAACCCUGUCAUCAAUUCAUCGGUUUUUCUUGCUUGGAUCACUUUUGGUCUGUCCUGACCACUGCAGAUCAGGAACAUACCACAAGAGAUGCAGUUUUGUUCUUGCUCUGACCCAGUCCUUUAGCCACCCCAAUUUGGCCUUUGUCAAAGUCACAUAAAUCCUUAUGCUUGCCCUUUUUUUCUGCUUCCAGCGCAUCGACUUCAGAAAAAAUGGUUGACUUGCUGCCCAAAACUGCAGCUAUUGUGGGAUUUUCCCAGGACAUACCAAAAGUGAUCCAAGAAAGGAAAACCGGUGUACAAGAGACAGGGUGGCCAAGACUCACUGAUGCACAUGGGGAGUGAAGGCUGGCCCGUGUAGUCUGAUUUAGUAGAAGGUUGGUGUAAUGUUAUGGCAGAUCAUUGAAAAAUAUAAAAACCUUCAUUUGGCAGCUACAAAUAUUGCAGAUUUUGUGGGUUAUUAUAUUAACUGCUUGAAAAUUGACAAAUAACUUGUCACCAUCAUGGAUGAUGCAGAGACGCAGCUGUCUGUGAGAACUGUACACAGGCUCGUUCAUCACUUGCACACUGCAGGAAAUCACAGUCCUGAGCCCGCUCCAAGCCAUUUUCACAUGUUUGCAGUAUUAAAGGAGUUCCUGGGAGGCCACAGUUUCAUCGAUCAUGGCUUCUCUUUCUUCAUAUACUGAGAAAACUUUCUACCUUGAUGGUAUCCAAGCACUAGUAAAACACUGGGAUAAGUGCAUUAGUGUAGCAGGAGAUUAUAUAAAGAAAUAAAGGGAGUUUUUUUACUCUCAUAACUGUGGUCUGUUAUUCUGCACCAUCAAUAGUCCUGGUCUGACUUGAACAUGGCUUCAUGCCCAACUG